CUGCGCACACCUCCCUCUGCCCACUGCCGCUCAACUCCGGAGGGAAACAUGCUCAUAAAGUCCCGGAAUAUUUCACAACUUCUACUCUGACGCAACACGGACAGCUCUCUAACUCAGGUAGACUCACCUGGCCAAUUGUUCUACGGAGACUUGCCUCUAAAAUGGCUCAGCAGAACCAGACAUGUCAUUAUAAUGAGUCCAUGGGCUUCUUCUACAACAACAGCGGUGCUGACGACAAAUGGUACAGUGCUCAGCUCAUCUUAGUGCAGGUGGUGGGCUCGCUCUUCUGCUGCUUCAUCCUGGUCUCCAACGCCAUGGUCAUAGCUGCCGUCAUCACCAACAAGAGGUUUCAUUACCCUUUCUAUUAUCUACUCGCCAACCUUGCUGCCUCAGACUUCCUGGCAGGGAUAGCAUACGUGUACCUCAUGUUUAACACGGGCGAGGUGUCACGGAAACUAACAGUUAAAGGAUACUUUAUCCGUCAGGGUCUUCUGGACAUCAGUCUCUCAGCUUCUCUGGCAAACUUGCUGGUGAUAGCUCUGGAGCGCUACAUCUCUGUCAUGCACUGGAACGUCCACAGCAACCUUACAAAGCGGAGGGUGACCCUGCUGAUCGUGCUUGUGUGGGCCAUCUCCAUCUUCAUGGGUGCUGUGCCAAGUCUCGGCUGGAACUGCAUCUGCAACCUGAGCGACUGUUCACAGCUAGCGCCCAUCUUUAGCCGGAGCUACCUGGUCUUCUGGUCGGUGUCUAAUUUGGUGGUGUUUCUGGUAAUGGUGGCCAUCUACAUGAGGAUCUAUGCAUAUGUCAAGAAGAAGACAGCAAUGCUGACGCCCCACACCAGUGGCUCUAUUAACCGCAAGAGGACGCCAAUCAAGCUCAUAAAGACGGUCAUGGUUGUGCUCGGGGCCUUUGUGAUCUGCUGGACUCCUGGCCUGGUGGUUUUGCUGUUGGAUGGUCUCAACUGUAGGAGCUGUAAUGUUAUGAAAUUAAAACGCUGGCUCCUGCUCCUGGCUGUACUUAACUCUGUCAUGAACCCCUGUAUCUACUCCUACAAGGAUGAAGAAAUGUGGGCAACGUUUAAAAAUCUGUUGCGCUGCAUUGGGAAUGGCACACGACGCCAGCGGUCAACAAAAGCCAAUGCCAGGCCGCUCAGCUCAGCUCAGGACACGGGCAACAGCCAACCGCCGUCAGAGGAGACAAAAAAUGAUGAACAGGACAUACUAAAGAGCUGAAAGUGGGACAUUUUAAGAAUGAACAAGAACAUUUGUCCUGUUUGAUCUUGACACAGCAUAAAAGACGCUGAUGGAGUUAGCUUAAAAGAGGAACUACGCCUGUGUUGGUCUUGGGGGACUGAUGUCCUCAGAUUUAAAAUACUUCUCGCACUGCGAACCACCUGCUCUAAUGUGGAACUGGAGCAGUGCUAAGAGGGUAGUAAGAAGAGACCUUGAUGCACUGCUUGCACUGCAAACGGAUUCAGAGAAGCAUCUUUUCCAGUGCCACAGGAUUUUACAGUUUUAGACAUGUAACUCCCAUCAGUUUGUAAUGAGACAUUCUUUUUUCGUCUUCAUCCUGCUUUUUCUCAUCACUACUUGGAUAAUACUGUGUUCUAUUUAAUGCGGAUAGAGUCAAGAAGGAAGUGCUGAGUGGUACAUUUCUGUUUUUAUGAGCUUAAAGUUUAGAAAACAAGAACGAUUCAUGACUGUCUGAUAUAAAUGUGUAAAUUUAAUUAACUUAUUCUGCAGGUUUUUAGCUUUUUAGGACUCCUGUUUGAAAUAAAAAUGCGGCUAAUUUAUAGAAAGGGACUAUAAAAGCAUAGAUUUUAUUGGGUAGGGCACCGUUUCAAAUAUUUAAUGUUUUAAGCAAAGCUAUCUAAAAAGGCUGUAAACUGCUGUUCUAUAAAUUCCUAAUUGUACAUCCCGUUAAAUGCUAUUAAGAAGAGGUAGAGUGAUGUCUGUUUGACAGCUAGCAUGUUAAGCAUGGUCUUACCUUUUUUUUUUUUUUUUUUUAAAUGUAAAUGGUAGUUUAGAAAGUCACCUCCCACAGUUCUUUAGUAAAGCAGGUUUACCUCAGGGGAAACGGAGUCCCUCCCUAAUUGUCCUGUAUUUUGUAUUUUGUCUCUUUACCUAAACAAACUAACUCCCACCUGGAGCAGCUCACAGAGCAAACCUGUUCUUCUUGCAGCACUGAAACACAUCUUUUAAAGUCUUUAGAUGUGUUACAGUUACUCUGACAGUGAAGGGGUUGCAGUGAUUGUGGCACACUGGAUUCCUGCUGGAGGUUCAUCACACGCCGAGUAUCUGCAGGAACGCAAGAGGAUUUGACUGAAUAGACUGUAACCUCACACACAGACACUCUUCGCAACACACCAGGCUGUUUCAAUGGCUCUGAUGCUAAAUCACUGACGAGGUUCAAAUGACUCCUUCAGCUUUGCUGUACAGUAUUUAUUGCUCCUGCUUUAAAGGACGUUACAUCAUUAAAGCUGUUUUUGUUUUUAA